AUGCAACUAUUUACAGCGCAUCAGAGAUGCGGUCAUGAAGAAAAAGUGACGGAAGAAAGUCUCUCAGUUUUGGAAAGACGAAACAUUACGAACGUUGUUUGGACCCGUAGAAAAAUAAGUCACGUGGCGAGUGAAGAAGUAGGAACAACGACGAGAUGAAAACACUAUUUUCCAAUAACCGGAUACAUUAGUCGCGGUAAGGCGUAAAAGACUACAGCGGGCUGUGGCAUUUGUUCUAAUCUCGUACUUAUAGGUCACGAGUGCUUGGAGAAAAUUCUACCGGGGACCACUUAGAAGACCACGUAUGAGAUGGGAGGACGCGGUAAUAGAAAGAUAAUAAGGAAGUCUCAAGAGGAAGACUUGACUGGGAAACAUAGUUGUGGAUAAAAAAAACUGGAGAAGAGAUCGCAUGACGGGACGGUCUUGGUGGCCAAUUGACCAAGAAUAAGAGCAAGAAGUAUAAUGUAGGUAAUAAUAAUAACUCGUCUCUAAUUUACUGUUUUAGAAUUUUAAAACGUGUAUUGUUAUCACUGAAAGUCAUUAUAAGUUGAUAUAGUAUUAUAUAUGAUUACGAUACAGGUAGAAUAAAGAAAAAAGGAAAAAGGUGCCGUUUUGAAAAUAUUUAAAAAAAAAUAUCGUUCGUUGAAAUUUGAAAAUAAAAAAACCCACUUUACAAUACAGGAAGACUCCGGCCGAAUCGGGAAGACCAAUAGAAAAUCAAAAUUAAAACAAACGGGCGCGAAAUUUCUCGGCGGAGGUUUGAAGAAAAAUCAACGUACAGACAAGAUAAUCACGAAGAAUCGGAUGUCCCGGAAAGGCGUAGAAACCGAAGGAGGAUAUCGAAACCGUUUUUCGAACAUUCGAUGCGACGACGAAUCGAAAAACCGAAAUCGAAUUUAUUUGACGUGUUCGGCUGCGAUAAAAAAUAAUUGUCCUGUAGUGCGGGUGAAAUGGGAUGGUUGUAAACAUAAAUAA